UUGUUUCGACCUUUUAAAAAGAACUGCUACUCGUGAUUUUACAAGUCGCCACUCAGUGCGUGUUUUCAAACAUUAAGAAUGUGAUUGGUUGAUUUUCGUAGAACAUUAUAACUUUACCUGUCUUCGUGUUUUUAGAUAUUACAACUAAAAAUUAAAAAUAAAGAACCUAACAAUUAAUGCCAUAUUGACACGGCAGCCAUGUUUUGAUAACAGUUCGGAAGGCGUGCUAAGAUGGUAGACGUGGAUACGGCUAGAAGGAAACUCCUUGAGGCUUUAGGGGAAUAUGCAGAACGGUACUGGAUUAAUAUGAAGCUAUGGUACAAACAGAAGAUCAGCAAAGAUGACUUUGACACACAAGCUUUUGAGUUGUUGGGUCCAGGAAAAAUUAAUUACCAUAAUGAAUUCAUAUUGUCAAUCUUAGCAAAAUGCCAAGCGAUUGCGGCCAGUGCACCUGCUACCCACUCAAAAUCGACGCAAAAAGCUCAUCCCAAAUCCCUUCACCUUCGGAAACCCCGGGUGAAGCGACGUAGCGAAGAUAAUAAUACACCACAGCAAGGUUUUAUCAGCAGUGAUCCACUGAAAACGACUCCACCAUUCUUGAGCAAGGGUGAAGACCAGCAAAAUAUUAGUCUAUGUUCUCAAGAGUUGGUUCUACCAGAUAUAUCAACACUGCAUGGUCGGUUAUAUCUUGGAGCGUGGGAUGCGGGUUUAGAUUCGAUAGCAGAUGAAACAGCACCAUUGCUUGCUGCUGCAGUUGAGGCUCAUCUCAAGAACAUUCUGCAGGCGUGUAUUUCACGUAAAAAACCAUAUGCUAUCCGCUCAGGAAGUCAUUUUCAAUAUAAAUUCGGUUCCGCUCACAUGAGAAGUAAUUUAUGCAACGGAAACCUGUACGAGGAAAGAAAUUUUCACCAACAGCGAACACAAGACCAACUUGGCCAUUCGAACCCUCAUCGGACAUACGACCAGGCCGAAGCAGAAGCCUAUUCAAAAUUCGCUUCUGCGGAAGUUCGAAACUCAGUAUUAUCUCCAAUAUCAUUGUUCGACCUGAGAAGUACCCUUCAAGAGAACCAGAACAUCAUUCCGAGUCACACUGUUCGCACUGGCAACAUGGAACGCGUGUUAAGCAACAUGUGGCAUCCUGGACAUGAUGAAAUUUGUCAAAACGAGCUGUACAUCCUGGAGACGCGGAAGCUGCAUGAAAAGCUUAAACAACAGCGUGGUUUAAGAGUAUGAUAUCCAGCUCAAUAUUUCAUUCCGGUGAAUGUAUUUUGAAAUGUGUGAAUGCUAUUAUUAGCGAUCGUCAAUUCUUCAUAAGCUUGUGCCAACUUUUUUAGUAACAUUCCACUAGAUGUAUUAAAUUCUUUUCCAAAUACUCUUUCUCAAUUUUUAUUGUAUUGUUUAGUCACAAGAGAUAAUUCAGACAUGCA